CCUUUCACCAGCAUCGAUCCAAUAAUGGAUGAAUAUCCAGGAGUCAUGGAGAGAGGUAUGCUGGAGGGGGAGAUCCAAAAGACAGAAGCGUUGUUUGAAGAGACUGCUGUCUACCAAACAGUGAGGACACAUUUAGAGAACGCUAGACACGUGACAAUAACUGGUGCGUCAGGGGAUGGAAAAACGUCAAUAGCGCUGAUGUUGGGGUCAGAAUACAAGAAGAAAGGGCAUGAACUAUAUUUUGUAAAGAACGUUUCAGAAUUUAAAUUGAGUUGUGUAAGGCAAGACAAAGAUCAAUGUUUCAUAUUUGAUGACAUAUUUGGAACAGUUGGAAUGUCAACAGAUUCACCUCACCUCAGACAGAUUUUAAAUAAUCUCAACUCUUACCUCGAGCGCAUGGAAUCUAAUGUUUCUGAAACAUUACAAACAAAUCCAAAUUAUAGACAUCGGUCAGAUAAUCCAAACAAAAUUGUGGGAAACAUUGUUAUUAUAUUCACCACAAAGCUGUACAAUCUUGAGCAUGGGAAAUUACACUUGGGAGAACAUGAUUAUAUGUUUUUCAAAGGAGAUUCAGUCAUUGACCUUACACAGACUGACUGUUGCUACACAAGGGACGAAAAGAAAAAGAUGUUUCUAAAACAUAAACACUAUAACAAUAACAGAACUAAUUUUGAUUUAGACACAAUUUGUGACAUUAAAGAUCAACUGUUUGGCUUCCCGCUCACAUGCAAACUGUUCUUCAGUUUUCCCCAAUCACAUGAUCAAUAUGAAGAUUUUUUUAAGACGCCUUUACCCUAUCUCAGGAGAGAACUGAAAUCUUUGCUCAAAGAUAACAAUAACAGGUCAGCUGCUCUGAUCCUGAUGAUGCUUUGUGAAGGUAGCCUGAACCUGUGUGAGUUGCAGAUGAAAUCAAACAAUCAAGUUCUGGAGAAUCAUCUUUCCACAGUUUCAAGUGUUGUACAUGGUUUUAACCGGCUAGAAAUUGCCACUUGUGUGAAAUAUUUAUCGGGUACAUAUUUUACCAGAGGAGACAUUACCAGUUUUUCACACCCAUCCAUCUAUGAUGCCUGUGCCUUUGUCUAUUGCAAACGCAAUUGUGCUCUUGUAUUGCAGCACUGCAGCAUACAAUUCCUAUAUGAACGUGUUCAGGCCCAAACAGUACCUGCAUGCGAGACUGAUGAGGAUAGGCAUGUCAUCUAUGUAUCAGAUGCCUACAAUGACAUCAUUGCUUCAAGACUGGCUGGGGCUGUGAGGGAGGGGAACUACCGGAUGUCUAUCAUGCAUCCUAUUUUGGAAAGACAUGAUAUAGUGGAUAAGAUCCUUGCUGAACUCAAACCCACCCGGACUGAUACAUCAGUGACAGAUGAACAUGGUAACAACAUAUUCUAUUAUGCCUGCUACUCAGGAAAUGUGUACCUUGUAUGUAAACUUAUUCCUUUUUGUGACAUCAACAGUAAAGGAAACGGUGGUUUGACGCCAACAAUGAUAGCUGUGAUGCGAGGGCUGGAGGAUGUGUUUCACAUUCUUAUGUCAAAGGGAGCUGACAUCACACUGACCAAUAAAGACAAUAACAACUGUCUUCACCUAGCAUGUCAGGGAGGAAAACAGCCGUUAGUAGAAUAUCUACUGCCAAAGACUGACAUAAACAUACGAGGAAAUAUGGGACGGACACCACUAAUGAAUGUCGCUUGGAGUGGAAAGAAAGAUGUGUUUGACUUUCUUGUGUCAAAGGGAGCUGACAUCACACUGACUGAUGACGAAAAUAACACCAUUCUUCAUCUGGCAUGCGAAGGUGGAAAUAGGCCAUUAGUAGAAUAUCUACUGCCAAAGACUGACAUAAACAUAAGAGGAAGUAUGGGAUGGACACCAGUAAUGUAUGCAGCUUCGAGAGGAAAGAAAGAUGUGUUUGACUUUCUUGUGUCAAAGGGAGCUGACAUCACACUGACUGAAGACAACAAUGACAACAUUCUUCAUCUGGCAUGUCGUGGAGGAAAUAAGCCGUUAGUAGAAUAUCUACUGGCAAAGACUGACAUAAACAUAAAGGGGAAUAUGGGAUUGACACCACUAAUGCAUGCAGCUUCGAGAGGAAAGAAAGAAGUGUUUGACUUUCUUGUGUCAAAGGGAGCUGACAUCACACUGACUGAUAACAACAAUAACAACAAUAUUCAUCUGGCAUGUUUGGGAGGAAAUAAACCGUUAGUAGAAUAUCUACUGCCAAAGACUGACAUAAACAUAAGAGGAAGUAUGGGAUGGACACCAGUAAUGUAUGCAGCUGCGAGAGGAAAGAAAGAUGUGUUUGACUUUCUUGUGUCACAGGGAGCUGACAUCACACUGACUGAUGACAACAAUGACAACAUUCUUCAUCUUGCAUGUUUUGUAGGAAAUAAACCGUUAGUAGAAUAUCUACUGAGAAAGACUGACAUAAACAUAAGAGGAGAAAUGGGAUGGACACCAGUAAUGAAAGCAGCUUGGAGUGGAAAUAAAGAUGUGUUUGACUUUCUUGUGUCACAGGGAGCUGACAUCACACUGACUGAUGACAACAAUAACAACAUUCUUCAUAUGGUAUGCGAAGGUGGAAAUAAACCGUUAGUAGAAUAUCUACUGCCAAAGAUUGACAUAAACAUAAGAGGAAAUAAGGGAUGGACACCACUAAUGAAUGCAGCUUUGAGUGGAAAGAAAGAAAUCUUUGACUUUCUUGUGUCAAAGGGAGCUGACAUCACACUGACUGGUGACGACAAUCACAACAUUCUUCAUCUGGCAUGUUGGGGAGGAAAUAAGCCCGUAGUAGAAUAUCUACUGCCAAAGACUGACAUAAACAUAAGGGGAGAAAUGGGAUGGACACCAGUAAUGACAGCAGCUUUGAGAGGAAAGAAAGAUGUGUUUGACUUUCUUGUGUCACAGGGAGCUGACAUCACACUGACUGAUGACAACAAUAACAACAUUCUUCAUAUGGCAUGCGAAGGUGGAAAUAAGCCGUUAGUAGAAUAUCUACUGCCAAAGACUGACAUAAACAUAAGAGGAAAUAAGGGAUGGACACCACUAAUGAAUGCAGCUUUGAGUGGAAAGAAAGAAAUCUUUGACUUUCUUGUGUCAAAGGGAGCUGACAUCACACUGACUGGUGACGACAAUCACAACAUUCUUCAACUUGCAUGUCGUGGAGGAAAUAAGCCGUUGAUAGAAUAUCUACUGCAAAACACUGACAUAAACAUAAGGGGAGAAAUGGGAUGGACACCAGUAAUGACAGCAGCUUUAAGAGGAAAGAAAGAUGUGUUUGACUUUCUUGUGUCACAGGGAGCUGACAUCACACUGACUGAUGACAACAAUAACAACAUUCUUCAUAUGGCAUGCGAAGGUGGAAAUAAGCCGUUAGUAGAAUAUCUACUGCCAAAGACUGACAUAAACAUAAGAGGAAAUAAGGGAUGGACACCACUAAUGAAUGCAGCUUUGAGAGGAAAGAAAGAAAUCUUUGACUUUCUUGUGUCAAAGGGAGCUGACAUCACACUGACUGGUGACGACAAUUACAACAUUCUUCAUCUGGCAUGUCGUGGAGGAAAUAAGCCGUUGGUAGAAUAUCUACUGCCAAAGACUGACAUAAACAUAAGAGGAGAAAUGGGAUGGACACCAGUAAUGAAUGCAGUUUUGAUUGGAAAGAAAGAAGUGUUUGACUUUCUUGUGUCACAGGGAGCUGACAUCACACUGACUGAUGACAACAAUAACAACAUUCUUCAUCUGGCAUGCGAAGUUGGAAAUAAGCCGUUAGUAGAAUAUCUACUGCCAAUGACUGACAUAAACAUAAGAGGAGAAAUGGGAUGGACACCAGUAAUGACUGCUGCUUUGAUUGGAAAGAAAGAAGUGUUUGACUUUCUUGUGUCAGAGGGAGCUGACAUCACACUCACUGAUGACAACAAUAACAACAUUCUUCAUAUGGCAUGCGAAGGUGGAAAUAAGUCCUUAGUAGAAUAUCUACUGCCUAUGUUUGACGUCAACUGUCUCGGGAAGAGAAGGUGGACACCAAUAAUGAAAGGAGCUUACAGUGGGAAAAAGGAUACAUUUGAACUGCUUCUCUGCAAGGGAGCUAACCCAUCACUCACUGGUGAUGACAAUGAUACUUUACUCCAUGCAGCCAGUGAAGGUGGAAACAUUGACAUUGUUAGACAUGUUAUCGGCGACUUUGACAUCAACACACGAGGUUGGAAUGGUCACACGCCACUGAUGCUAGCUGUGUGUGGAGGUCACACUGAUGUAGUUGACUUCCUGGUGGACCAUGGUGCUGACGUCAACAUGGUGGACAAUGGUCGAGAUAGUCUCCUCCAUUUGGCUUGUGAGGCAGGAAACUUGAAGAUGGUGAAGCAUGUCAUGCCAUAUUCUGAUAUUAACCUGAGAGAUAACUUUGGUUGGACACCGUUGGCAAUGGCAGCUAUGGAGGGAAACUAUGCUGUUUUUAAAUAUCUUAAAGGCCUAGGAGCAGAUCUGACACUGGCAGACAGCGCAGGAGAUGAUGUGUAUACUCUGGCCCUCCAGGGAGGAUGCAGGGGAAUCAUCAAGGCAUUAGGACAAGAGGAACAUUCGGGCAAGAGCAUCACACCAUGGAAUCAACUGAUGAAGUCACUUGUGAAAUCACAAAUGUUGUACUUAGAGACAUAUUCUCAACAAAGUCCUGAACUUGUUCAGACAGACCGAUUUGGGGACAGUUUAUUACAUCUGGCCUGUCGAGGAGGCAACAGACAGUGUGUGGAGUAUCUGCUCCCAUCCUAUGACAUCAAUGUCCGAGGUCGGUAUAACUGGACACCGGUGAUGAUGGCAGCUGUGUGUGGACACCAGGAUGUCUUCCAGCUCCUGGUGUCUCACAAGGCAGAUCUGUCUCUGGUCUCAAACACAGGAGAGGGUAGAUUUAUAUGUUAUGAACGUUGUCCUGAGUGA